AAAUAUUUACACGAGGAUCCGAUGACGUUUCCACCUUUGGCCUGAGUGUCACUUCUUCGAGCUCCGUCUAGUUAUCCAUAUUCAAAGAAAAUGGGCAAAACAUCGAAAGACAAACGCGACAUAUACUACCGAUUGGCAAAAGAAGAGGGUUGGCGAGCAAGAAGUGCAUUCAAAUUGAUUCACAUCGAUCAGGUGUUUCAUAUUUUGGACGGAGUGACUCGAGUGGUUGAUUUGUGUGCGGCACCGGGUAGCUGGAGUCAAGUUUUAUCGAAGAAAUUGUACGAGGGCAGUUCGAGUCCGGAUGAUGUUAAAAUCGUUGCUGUCGAUCUUCAGGCAAUGGCACCAUUACCGGGAGUCAAACAACUGCAAGGCGACAUAACGAAAAUCAGUACGGCCCGCGAGAUUAUCGACUACUUUGAUAACGCAAAAGCUCAACUUGUCAUCUGCGACGGAGCACCAGACGUCACCGGACUCCACGACAUCGACGAAUACAUUCAAUCGCAACUACUUCUGGCUGCACUCAGUAUCACGACACAUGUCCUCGAACUGGGCGGCACAUUUGUAGCGAAAAUAUUUCGCGGAAAGGACACCACGCUGCUGUACUCACAGUUGAAGAUCUUUUUCCGAAAAGUUUCCAUCACAAAACCGGCCAGUUCGCGGAACUCGAGCAUUGAGGCGUUUGUCGUAUGCCAAAAUUACCAUCCACCGGAUGGUUACGUUCCGCAAAUGAUAAAUCCCUUGGCUGAUGUGAAGGUGAUUGUUGGUGAAACAGAGUCGCCGGUCAAUAAACAAAUUAUUCCGUUUGUGGUGUGCGGUGACUUGCGGGGAUAUGAUUCGGAUAUGUCUUACAGUUUGGCGAGCGACCCGUCCAAAGUCUACGAGUUCAAGGAAGUGGUCCAAUCACCGAUCUCGCCAGCGUACAAAGAGAUUUUGGACAAAACGAAGAGUAUCUCGCUGAAGCAUCAAGGUAUUGUAGUGGAUGCGAAUGUGGUACCACACGACGAUCUCAAAUAAAGGAAAACGUUUUGUACGGCAAUUUGCUGUUUUAUUUAGCAAGUCAAUUCUCGAAUAAAUAAAAAAUGAGGAAAAAAAUGAGUUAAACGGAAAAGUUCAUUUAUGCGAC